GAAUAGUUACAAACUUUCAGUGCUGAUCUAGCUAGUGUUCCAUUAACCCAAAAGAAACAAACUUUGCUACAAAAACGAAAGCUUAAAAAGAGAGAGAAAUAUAUAUUAAGUGGGGGAAACCAACUGACAAGAGAAAAGAUUGAAGUGGCUCAAUAAUGUUGGUUUGUUUACUAAUGGAGAGACUUGUAUUUUAGAUAGUUUGCAAAAGCCAACCAACCAUUGGUGUUGGCACGACAAUAUAGAGUUGUUGCUCAGCUCGGUACGUUCAUUCUCUCCCCGAUGGCUGGAGGGCAAAGAGCACAAGGACUCAACAAACCAUGCAUCCUCCUCAUAGUGAUAGCUGGUAUGGAGAGGUUUGCAUUCAAAGGGGUGGCAUCAAAUUUGGUAACGUACCUAACCGAUGUGUUGAAGAUGAGCAAUUCUACAGCAGCCAAGACAGUAAACAGUUGGUGUGGAUUCACAUCUAUGUUGCCCCUACUAGUGGCACCCCUUGCUGACACUUACUGGGAUCAAUAUUCCACCAUAUUAGUCUCUUCUUCCCUAUAUGUUCUGGGACUUCUAGCAUUGACAUCAACAGCAUUGGUGCGGCCUUGGAUUCCCAUCAAGAAAACCGGUCCCUCUUCAUCCCUCUUCUGGUCGCUCUACAUGAUUUCUUUAGGCCAAGGUGGAUACAAUCCCUCCUUACAAGCCUUUGGAGCAGAUCAGCUUGAAAUUGACGAGGAAAUAUUGCCUUGUAGUAGCAAAAACGACGAAAUUUCUGAUAAGAAGAGCUUGUUCUUCCAGUGGUGGUACUUUGGCAUUUGCAGUGGCAGUCUUUUGGGAGUCUCCCUUAUGGCGUACGUGCAAGACACAUUCGGAUGGGGGUUGGGAUUUGCUAUCCCUACAAUUAUAAUGGUAACUUCGAUGGCACUUUUCUCCGGCGGGAGUAGAUUUUACGCAUUGAAGCAACCCAAGGGUAGUAGUGUAGCUUUCAAGUCCUUUGAAAACAUGGUUCAUGCCAUGAAAGCAACCGCAUUGAAAAUUGUGAAUGUCCGAUUCGCCCUGUUGAACAAAUCAGAUGUUGUUGAGCUCGAGCUUCAAGAAAAACCACUUUGUCAGCCAGGUCUUGAUGUGAGUGAGGGCUUGAACAAGAGCUCCAACGACGGGAUUCAAAUACGCGAAAUCGCACGAGUUAUAUUGCACCUCUUGCCUAUCUGGACUAUGCUUCUAAUGUUUGCAGUAAUUUUCCAACAACCCGCGACAUUUUUUACCAAACAGGGCAUGGCAAUGAAAAGGAACAUCGGAAGCAACUUCAAGAUCCCACCGGCCACACUGCAGAGCGCAAUCACAGUCUCCAUAAUCCUUCUAAUGCCUCUGUACGACGUGUGCUUCAUCCCCCUCGGUCGGAUAAUCACCCGCAACGAGAAAGGCAUCACCGUGACGCAGAGGAUGGGGGUCGGCAUGGCUCUUUCGGUCGUAGCCAUGGUGAUUGCAGCGAUCGUGGAGACAAAGAGGCUCGAGAUCAGCAGAAAUUCACAGUCAGAGACGGUGCCACUGAGCAUAUUUUGGUUGCUACCCCAGUACAUCCUGCUGGGCAUUUCAGACAUUUUCACUGUUGUUGGGAUGCAGCAGUUCUUUUAUUCUGAAGUUCCCAUAACAAUGAGGACCAUGGGGAUCGCACUGUACACAAGUGUUUUUGGGGUAGGGAGCUUUUUGAGUGCCUUGCUAAUCUCCCUUGUUGAGCAUUUCACUGGUUGGUUUUGUGAUGACAUGAGAGAAGCUAGGCUAGACAACUACUACUGGCUUCUGGCAUUGGCUAGUGCUUUUAGCUAUCUAACCUUUGUAGUUUUGUGCAGAUUUUACAAGAAGUAGGUUGUGAUUGGCUAGUGUAGUGGUGAUUGUAAAUAAAUGUAGGUUGUGGUUUGAGCAUAAGUGCACUGAUGAUGUAUUUUUUUGGUAAAAAAAGAAAUUGGUCUAGGAGCCAAUACAAGAGUAGCUGGCUUUCA